ACACACACACACUCACUCUCACAAGCCCACUUUACCACAGCAUAGUGAAACACUGAGCACACAACACAGUCGGCUAGCAUGCCCAGUGUCUGUCAAGCAUCUCUGAUAUUAAGCCUUUAGGUAAAAACCAAGACCCAGACAAUGGCAAUAUAACAAUUUCCAGUUUUGAUGAAGCGUUUUAUUUUCCGCAUUGUCCUGCUGAGGGGGUUAUUCGAUGUCCAACCAGAUCAAUGAGACGAGUGCUUUUAGUAUGUGGUUUAUGAGCUCCCACGCUGACUGCUGAGGGCGGAGUGUGGGCGCUGGGCGCUGGCCACUCUGUUUUUCCCUGUACCCACCUGGCCAUGGGGAACACGGCCACCAAGUUCCGCAAAUCGCUGAUCAGCGGGGAUGAGGCACUGGCCUGCCAUCUUUACGAGAACAACCCCCAGUUCAAGGAGGCUCUAGACCCCAAUGCCUCUUAUGGAGAGGCAUACCAGCACAACACGGCAAUGCAUUAUGCCUCACGUCAUGCCAUGAGCCGCCUUAUCAGGUCCUUUCUGUUUUGCAAGGAUGGCAACCCCAACAAGCGCAAUGUGCACAACGAGACAGCUCUGCACAUGUUGUGCAUGGGGCCGCAUAUCCUGCUGGGCGAGGCGGCUCUGCAGCCACGCCUCAGCUGCCCACAACAGGACGAGCAGCGCCGUGCUGAGUGCCUCCAGAUGAUGCUCAGGUGGACAGGGGCCAAGCUUGACCAGGGCGAGUAUGAGCGCGCCAAUGUCAAUGCUGCUGACAACAAGAAGAGCACCUGCCUGCACUAUGCUGCUGCAGCUGGCAUGAAGAGCUGUGUGGAGCUGUUGGUGAAGAGUGAGGCAGACCUGUUUGUGGAAAACGAGGAGCAUCAGACUCCAUGUGACUGUGCAGAGAAACAGCAUCAUAAGGAGCUGGCCCUCAGUCUGGAGUCUCAGAUGGUCUUUUCUCAAGACCCUGGAGCUCAGGAGAUCGAGGCAGAGUAUGCUGCCCUGGACCGCAGAGAGCCAUAUGAGGGCCUAAAUCUUCAGGACCUACGGAGGCUGAAGGACAUGCUGAUAGUGGAGACAGCCGACAUGCUGCAGGCUCCUCUCUUCACAGCUGAGGCUCUUCUGAGAGCCCAUGACUGGGACAGAGAGAAGCUUCUGGAGGCCUGGAUGUCUAAUGCAGAGAACUGCUGUCAGCGCUCUGGUGUGCAGAUGCCCACCCCUCCACCCAGUGGCUACAAUGCUUGGGACACGCUACCGUCCCCCAGGACGCCCCGCACCACCCGCUCCACACUUACCUCUCCCGAUGAGAUAAGCCUGUCACCUGCAGAAGAGGGACUGGCCCCGUGUGGAAUUUGUAUGUGCAGUAUUUCUGUUUUUGAAGAGCCUGUGGACAUGCCAUGUGGGCAUGAGUUCUGCCGGGCAUGCUGGGAAGGGUUUUUGAAUGUGAAAAUCCAGGAGGGGGAUGCGCAUAAUAUCUUUUGUCCAGCCUAUGAUUGCUUCCAACUGGUUCCAGUAGAGGUCAUAGAGAGUGUAGUUUCCAGGGAGAUGGAUAAACGCUACCUGCAGUUCGACAUUAAGGCUUUUGUGGAUAACAACCCAGCUAUCCGCUGGUGUCCUGUGGCGAGGUGUGAGAGAGCAGUUCGUCUCUCCAGACCUGGCACUGCUGCCACAGAUGCCCUCAGCUUCCCUCUCCUCUCAGCUCCUGCUGUUGACUGUGGAAAGAGCCACCUCUUCUGCUGGGAGUGUCUUGGUGAGGCUCAUGAACCAUGUGACUGCCAGACAUGGAAAAUGUGGCUGCAGAAAGUCUCUGAGAUGAAGCCAGAAGAACUGGCUGGAGUAAGUGAAGCUUAUGAAGAUGCUGCCAACUGCCUGUGGUUACUCACCAACUCCAAACCAUGUGCCAACUGCAAGUCCCCUAUCCAGAAAAAUGAGGGCUGCAAUCACAUGCAAUGUGCCAAGUGUAAAUAUGACUUCUGCUGGAUUUGUCUGGAGGAGUGGAAGAAACACAGUUCCUCUACUGGAGGUUACUACCGCUGCACCCGCUACGAGGUCAUCCAGCAGGUGGAGGAGCAGUCCAAGGAGAUGACGGUGGAGGCAGAAAAGAAGCAUAAGAGCUUUCAGGAACUCGACCGCUUCAUGCACUACUACACUCGGUACAAGAACCACGAACACAGUUACCAAUUGGAGCAGCGCCUCCUAAAAACGGCCAAAGAGAAGAUGGAGCAGCUGAGUAAGGCCUUCAUCAGCCGAGAGGGCACUCCACCUGACACCAUGUUCAUUGAAGAUGGGGUUCAAGAACUUCUCAAGACCCGACGCAUCCUUAAGUGCUCUUAUCCCUAUGGUUUCUUUUUAGAACCCAAAAGCACAAAGAAAGAAAUAUUUGAACUUAUGCAGACUGACUUGGAGAUGGUGACAGAGGACCUUGCCCAGAAGGUGAACAGGCCUUACCUCCGCACCCCUCGCCAUAAGAUAAUCAGUGCUGCAUGCCUCAUCCAGCAGAAGAGACGAGAAUUCCUGGCUUCAGUUGCGCGUGGUGUGGCCCCCAACGACUCCCCCGAGGCACCACGCCGAAGUUUUGCAGGUGGAACGUGGGAUUGGGAGUAUCUAGGAUUUGCCUCUCCUGAGAUGCUGAGGGAUCACUCAGUACUGGGAGGGAGGGAACACAGUGAGAACUUUGACAGUACAGGAGACCAGCAGCAGGAGUACUCAGACUUCCAGUAUAGACGGAGGCACAGGCAGCGGAGGAGAGGGGACCUACUCAGCUUACAUAGUCUCCGCAGCAACACCCCUGAACCCGGCGACCCCAAUGCCAGCACUUUAGAUCCUCAAGAAGGAAGUGGAUCAAGGAGAUAUGAUGUGACCACGGCUCUCGGCUCAUUGGAUGAAGAUGACCCAAACAUCCUUCUGGCUAUCCAGCUGUCCCUGCAGGAGUCUGGGCUGGCCUUGGACUCAGAGCCCCAGGAUGUGCUCAGCUCUGACGCCUGUUUGGGGGCCAUCGGUUCCUCACUGCCUUCCAGACUAGAGCCUGUCCCUCACACUGUGGAGCUUCCCCGCGCUUCGCUCAGCAGCUCAGAGCUGUUGGAGCUGGGGGACAGCCUAAUGAGGCUGGGCAACAUCAGCAGCCAGUACAUGCCUGCCAACCUGCACUCCUACACUGAUGGCCCAGGUCUGGACCCCACUGCAAAUGCUAACCUGCUUGGCAACAUCAUGGCCUGGUUCCAUGACAUGAAUCCCCAGAAUAUUGCAUUGAUCCCCUCAGCCAAUGCAGACGCUAGUCCUGAUCCGCCUGCUUCUGACGAGGCACUGAAACUGCCCCCCCAACCACAGGAGGGGGAUAGUGGGGUAGAAAAACCUGAACAGAGUCUUCACUUUCUAGUUAAGGAAAAUGAGGACCUGGAGAGGCCGAGCCUUUUGGAGCUGGAGUGUGUGGACAGUUCAGACUUGCCCAAGACAGAUGCAGACUUGGAAGAGUUGCACUACAGUGUAGACCUUGGUAGCACUGCUCCUCACGAGAGUGACUGUGACUCCCAUCCACAGCCCACUGAGCUCUCCUCAGAAUGGGAGGAACAAGAGCAUCUGGUCUGAGGAAAGAGGCUAAUGCAGCUCCUUAACCUGAGUGCUCUUAAUGUGGCCAAACACUAUAUAUAGGAUCAAUUAUUGUGAUGGAUACAGGAAAGGAAGUGUUCGUGCCAUGUGGUUAAACAGCAUGUCUGUGGACUCUGUGGAGGCUGAUUAAAGGAAUACUCCAGUGUUUUUCGACCUACUCUCUAUUGGGUUAAAUCUCUUUGCUUCAGCACCUGCCCAUUGAUGUAAUAAGUCAGUUAUUCAAGUAAACAGAUUUUCUGUCCUUUGAUUAAGUGCAGGGAAACAUGUCAAAAUUGCUGUCCAUGGUAAGUGACAGAUGUGGCAGAGACUAGGUUGAAAAACACUUCCUUUUUCCUUUAUAUAAUACAGGUAAAGGAAAACAUUUGAGAUAAAAUAAGAAAGAAUGAGGAGAACGCUGCAGAUGCUGAAGGUCUAAGUCUUAUGAGAAAAAAAAACCCUGUUCAGGGUUGCUGUUUAAACUUUAGUGGUACCAGAAAAAUAAGAUACUUUUCUAAAAGCAAAUCCUUUAAAGGCUAUAACGAAAGGAAAGUGAAUGAUGCUUCUGCUCUUUUAUUUAUGUAUUUAUUUUUCAAAAGGAGAAAAAAAUGAGCUCAUGCAUAAAUGUGAAAGACUUUAAUUGAAAUAAGUUUCUGAUGUCUUUAAAAUUUAAGAUGCAGUUUGCACAAUCAAGUCCUGCAUUGAUCUCAGUAAUCAUUACUGAGAUCAUAAUACAUUCUCACACCAUAAUUCUUGUUUGCUUCAAGCAUUUACUUCAGCACACAGACCUAUUGCAUUUUCUUUAAAGACAGUUUUGCCUCAAAUGAUCUAAACCCACAUUCUGAACAGUGCCUCAGAGGCAUUCCGGUGAUUACAUUGUGCCUACUUUUGCUAAGAACUAAGUAUAUAUCCUAGGUCAUCCAUCCCAAAAGGGUUGACUGCUAAACAUUAUUAAACAUUUAUUACUGUACUGUACAGUACUAGAAAUUGCAUAAUGUAAAGUUGAAGUCCUUUCUAAACUUGCCACAAGAGGCCACUAGAGCUCAACGAGAAGGGCUGGCCAGGGCUUAAGAGACUAAAGCAGAAGAAAGCUUGCUUUUUUUUCUAUACAUGCUUUUUCAGUUGUAUAUUUGUAUGCAAACAUUUGGGCACCCCAGGUGAAAUUACAUGUUUUGUAAUUUGUAGUGAAAAUAAGUACACAUCUCUACUCUUCAAGGAACACACUUCUGCACAUUUAAUAAACAAUUACUAUUUGCUGAAAGUAUUUGAGAAAAAAAGAACACAAAAUAUUUUUAGAUUUUAUGUUUAAUUUUUUUCCAGUUUGUUAAACUCAAUUCUAGCAAAUAGAAAUUGUUUACUAUAAUUUGCAGAGAAAAAUGUUUCCUGUAACACAUUUUCACUUAGAAAAUAAACAAGACAAUCAAAAAAAUUUCAUUUGACUGACGGUGUUCAAACUUUUUGCAUACCUCUGUAUCAUUCAGUGUGCCUUUUUAUGUCCUUCACCUACAAAUUUGUGUUGCCACAUUUAUGUUUUAUUUAUAGUUUCUGUCACCUCUCAUUGUAAGGAAUGCAUUCAGUUAAUGAAAUGUAAAGAGACUGCAUUUUUUGUCAGACCAGACUUUUACAAUCAAAGCAUUUUUCAGAAACAUUUUGUAUCUUCAUGGACCUACCUGAUGUUAAGUCAUUGCUUGGAUUUCUUAUACACUAAAUUGUCUCCUGUGUAGAUGGAUUGCAUACUCUAAAAUACAAAGUUAGAGGUUGGCAAAUGAGAGCUUUGUUUUUAUGACUAAAGUGUCAUACAGUGCCAUCUACAUAUAUUGGCAGCUGUGGUAAACUUGAGCAAACAGGGCUGUAAAAAUUCUGUAUCUUUUUGUUCUUAUUAUCUUAUCUUUUGUUCAAAAUAUUAACAAAAAUAUAGCCUUUAUUUAAAGUACAGUUAUUUAAAGAAAAAUCUUAAAUCUUGCCAUGAAACAAAUAUUUUUCUUGAAUCUGUAUGUGCCACAAUUAUGCAGCCUCACUUUGCAAAGAUAACAGCUGUGAAUCUGUAAUGUCUAAUAAGACUGAAGAACACAUGGCAAGUGAUCUAAAACCAUUCCUCCAUACAGGAUCUCAGAUACCUCCAAGCCCACUUUAGGCUUCUUUGCUUUCUGGUUGUUCUUAAUGUCCAUGAUACCAUGUCUCUAAACAAGUUGGCCAGUGCCAUUGGAAGAAAAAUAGCCCCACAGCAUUACAGAUCCACCACCACCAUACUACACAGUAGGGAUGGGGUACUUUUCUACAUGGCUAUUUUGCAUCUACACCAGACUCACCUCUACUGUUUCUUGCCAAAACCCUGUUUUGGUCUCAUCUGAUCAUAGACCAUGGUCCCACUGAAAGUUCCAGUAUUGUCUGGCAAACUUGCUUUGAAUUUUUUGGUCCUUGACACCAGAGGCUUCCUUCUGGCAACCUUCCCACACAACCUAACCAAUCUAACUCUGAGACCUAACCAAUAUCUGCAGAUCCCCAGCUGUGAUCCUUGGAGAUUCUUUGGCCACUCAAACCAUCCUGUUAAUUAUUGCUCUGAUACUGGAAAUUGGUAUUUUCAUGUUUAGCUACAUUCUUGUAGCCCUUUCCUGAUUUGUGUAGUUCAACAACCUUUUGUCACAAAUUAUUCCUGUAUUCUUUGGUCUUUCUCAUAGUGAUGGAUGUCUAAGGGAGUUUGGCCUGUGUACUGUCAAAUAUUUAUACUGUGGUGUAGCAGGAAGUCACAGCUGACCAUUUGAAUGUUCUAAACACUCAGGUGAACUUCAGAACAUGAAUUAACAAUGGGAAUAUACUUCAAUGAGAUUUCACUCAUAAGAGCUUCUAGGAGUGGCAACAAUUGUGGUACACAUAGAUUUGAGAAAAAUAUUUAUUCCAGAGAAGAUUUUUUUUUCAAUUAUUUCAAAUAUUCAGAUAAAGAUAAACAUUUUGUUAAUAUUUUGAAUCACAAAUGAAAAGGAUAAGCUACAAAUAAUGUUUGUAUAGCAUGUUAUGAUUACCAGGAGUGCUAAUGUUUGUAGAGGCCCUGUAUAUAAAUACCAGGGUUUUUUUUAAAACCAGGAUUAAUUUUAGUGCUAUCAGAUCAGACAUUUUCAUUUGUUGUAAUGAUUCCCAAAACCUAAAUCAGGUUUAAACUCCAUGUUGAUUGGACAUAGUCUGUUCAGAACAACCUGCAGUUUUGAAAGUUAAGAAACUAAAAGCAAACAGAUUUUAUGAAAUGUCUUGCGUAAAUCAGUGUGUGGCCUAUAUGACGGGUAUCAUUUCAGGUUGUAGAUCUGGUAGUUCCUGUGCUUUGUUUUAAGUUAUGAGUGACAGACCCUGUGUCCUAAAGAGAAUGUCAUGAUGGUACAUUGAUGAUGACCCAACUAUUUGUUUGCGUUUUUCUGCGCUUUAACUGUUAAACUCCAACCUUCUUCCUCAAAAACAUUUUUUUUCACUUUUCCAGUUUAUUAAAUUAUUUUUUGGGACUUAUGUGCUUCUAAACUAAGAUACAGCCCAAAAUAACUUUAUAUUGGCUUCCAGGAGGGCGAGGGGACUGCAGUUGCUGAUUCAAAAAGGGUCUCCUGUAUGGUUUUGAAAACCACAUGCAUGAAAAUCUCAUAUUAGGUUAUUAUGAAUUAUAAAAACAUAUUUGAAGACAUUACGAAACAUUCAUAAUAACAAAACUCUUUGCUAAGCUUGAUGUACUAACUUCAAUUGCCUGUGUUCCUCUGUCUGAGCAGGAAGAAAGGGGGAGGUAAUGAUAUACAUAAACACAUCUGUAACAACCAUAAGACAUGUAACAUUCAGAAGAACGUAUAACAAAAGGUUAUAUCUUGCGUGUGUUUUUGUUUGUUAUAUGGUCUUAAUAGUGGUUGGGAGUAAUAGCACAACUGCUGUAAAAUGCUGUGUUGCUGCAAUAGUGAUAUAUCCCAACAGUAUUUCAGAUAUAUGAAGGCUAUUUUGCUGUGUGGUUCUAUGCCCUGUCUGCAGUGUAUCUUACUUUUGAAGCACCCAUUUUAAGUAAAUAUUCAAACAUCAACUUAAAAAAUAAAUAUUGUAAAACCUGAAAACUAGGAGGGGAAUUAUGAUAAACAGGCUACUAUUCCUUUAAUGGUAUAAGACCGUUUUAAUUUCUUUUUAAAUGAAAAGAUGAGGUAACCAUUAAUUUUGAACUAUCAUUUGCACUUUCAGAGACUGUACCAGUAAUUGAAAGCUUCAGUAAAGGUUUACUCAGAUUAAAAGA